UAAAAAAAGAUAGACUGUGAACUAGUGCAGCCAAAGUAUGGAAAAAGAACAAACUACAAACCUAACCAUACUUGCACCAAAUCAAACCCAAAAUAAGUGAGGCAAAGAAAGUAAUAAAGAGAUAUCUGUGCAAUUAAUUAUACAAAUAGGAAUUUAUAAGGUAAGAAAAACAGAUUUUUAACUUUAGGGUUAGAGUUAGGUUAACUACUAGAGAAAUAAACAAAACAUUGUGAGAUUGUGGAAAUAAAUGCAAAACAUUGAGGUUAUAAAUAAAUAAGAGGGAAAAACUAAGAGAUUAUUCGUCAACAAACAUAUGUUCUCUUACGUUUAAAGACACAUAUAAUGUAAGAUUCUCUACUAUACUAGGAAAGAAAAGAAGAAAAAUAGAUAUUUUGAAAUAUUUGUUUUCUAUACAUACAAGUCAAGCAAAAAUAAUUAAAUAUAAAUAUGUACACAAUAUAUUCAAAACUAAGUAGUCUUACCAAACAAAACAAUUCUAAUAGUGAAGAUAUUAUAUUCUGUACAGAAGACAAUUUAAAGCAAUCUUUAAAUGCACUAAAUGAGGAAUUUGAAUCAUUUGGUAUCUCGCCAAUGACUAUAAAUAAUAAUGAUUUAGAAACUUCAAAGUCAUUAAAGAAAUUAUCCAUAAGAUUGAUAAAUGCUACUUGGAAUUUGAUAUACAAACAUAGAUCUUUAAUGCGAUUACACGAUCAGUUGAUUGAGUCAGAUCAUAGAACUGUAAAUGAUAAUGUUAACCUUAAGAAUCAUGUGAAGCGUUUAAAGGAAGAUUUGCAAAAAAAGGAACAUAUGUUAUUUGAAUCACAGGAGAAAGAAAGAAGACUUAAGGUUCAAAAUGAGACUAUAUUGCGCAAUCUGAAACAUGAAAAAGAAGAGACACGAAAGCUGAUGAAACAAGCUCAUUCGAAAAAUAUUCAACAUGAACAUGAAGUAAGAAGAAUUAUGCAAGAUGGUCAAAAACUCCAAGAGCAGUUAAAAAAAUCUGCUGGUACCUUUGUGUCAAAAUAUAAAGUUUCACAAGAAAUGCAGGUGGAUCAUGAGAAAGAAGUGGCUUUGUAUAAGCAAACUAUUGUUCGUUUAGAAGAAAAUAACAGAAAAAUGUUGGAAGAAAUUAGUUCUUUAAAAGAAACUUUACAGUUAUUUAAAACCGGACUUGAUUUGCAUAUUGAAUCGUCCGGAUGGAACGUGAACUAGUAAAGAUGCAUGAACACCAAAACUUCAAUUUAUAAUUUAUUUAUAACUCAAAUAUACAAAAAAGAAAUUGUUUGAAACAUGUUUGUAAAAUUAUACAUAUUAGUUUAAUAAUAUUGCGUUUGUUGUAGCUUGAUAACUUUAAGUAUUCUAUGUAGUUCUCAGCAUAUUUUAUGUAGAAUUUUGUUUGAUCUUAUUAUAAAUAAAAGUGUAUCUUAUAAUA